AUGUUCAACUUGAAGAUCUUCGUCACUUCCUUCCUCCCUCUCCUCCCUACCCUGGUGAGCGGAUAUGCCAACCCUGGCGCCUGCUCAGGGACUUGCGUAAACACGCAUGACCCCUCGAUCAUCCGCCGCUCUGACGGCACCUACUUCCGUUUCUCGACGGGCGGCAAGAUCGCUGUCCACACGGCGCCGGACAUCACGGGACCAUGGACCUACCAGGGGGCUGCUCUCCCGGACGGUUCUUCCAUCGACCUUGCUGGCAGCGAUGAUCUCUGGGCGCCCAGCGUCCACUUGAUCGGAAGCCUGUACUACCUGUACUACUCGGUGAGCACGUUUGGGUCGCAGAGCUCGGCGAUUGGCCUGGCGCGGUCGUCGACGAUGGACGUGGGGAGCUGGACGGACGUGGGCAGCACAGGCAUCAAGUCGGACUCGACGAAGGCGUACAACGCGAUCGAUCCGGCGCUGAUCAACGCGGACGGCACAUACCUCCUGACGUUCGGGUCGUUCUGGAAGGACCUCUACCAGGUGCAGAUGAAGGGCACGCCGACGGCAGCAAGCAGCUCGGCGUACCAGGUGGCGUACGACGCGGCGGACACGGCGAUCGAGGGCCCGUUCAUGUUCAAGUACGGCAGCUACUACUACCUGUUCUACUCCAAGGGCACAUGCUGCGGGUACGACACGAGCCGGCCGGCGGCGGGAGACGAGUACAAGGUCCUGGUGUGCCGGUCGUCGUCGGCCACGGGCGGGUUUGUCGACAAGAACGGCGUGUCGUGCACCAACGGCGGCGGCACGAUGGUGCUGGAAUCGCACGGCACGGUGUACGGACCCGGAGGCCAGGGAGUCUACGACGACCCCACGUACGGCCCGAUUCUCUACUACCACUACGUCGACACGACGAUUGGGUACUCGGACGGGCAGAAGCAGUUCGGAUGGAACACGAUCGACUUCUCCAGCGGGUGGCCGGUGGUGUAG